AAAACGUCAGACGCGACAGUCCGCGAUCAUCCGCGAUUUGACGCGAACGAACAAUAAAGUGAUAAGCAGUUCGCGGUGUGGAUGUUUAAAACUGUUCUUAUUUAAAAGGAUCAACAUGUAAAUUCAAACAUAUGUGCAAAAUAUUACACCAGUUCAUCCCACGGUACCUUGUGCCUUGAGAGAGUAAAAAAAUGUGCAUUAGUGAUAUAUUUUUUUGGAAUUUCUUCUUAUUGUUGCAAUUAUUUCUUUGAAAUAAGGAUGCUCUAGUGAAAUUUCGAACUCAUCUCAUAUAAAUAUCAAGUGCAAAAGAAGUGAAAGAAAAAAUUAUGGUUCCUAACCUCAACGUAGGUUACUGAAUCUUAUAAGAUGUAAAGAGGGGCUUUGUGAAGCUGUGUUGGUCCAGCUCAUUGCAAAUUCUUCAUCAUUGUGUGAGGAUAACCGAGGGCCACGUGGACGCGUUGGAAGUCCAGAAAAAUAUGAGCCAGUAUGUCGGAGAGCGGCGUGCAAGCAGCGUGCGAGGAGAACGAAAAGAAAGCAUCGCUUUACGUCUUUCCGUGUAUACCACCUCUACUUCCGGUACGACCAAGUUCGGCGACAUCAACACUAGGAGGAACAAUUACAUCAGGCAAAGGGAAAAGCGAAAACCUCGCGGACGACGACGACGAAGAAGAUGGGAACAAAUGGAAAAAGAGAGUUGCACCAGGACUCAGGACUCAUACGAGAUCUGCCAGUCAUGGGGGAGUCCUGGCGACGACACCACCACCACCUUGGCAGUCAACGGGUCUACCUUCAGGAUCAGCAUUCUCAACGCCAGGAGGUGCCACGGGGACGAUGACGGGAAGACCCUCGGUGCUGAAGAAGCCGGGUCAUCAGCGGGCUUUCAGUCAAGGUCAAGUGGUCAAUGUCCAGGGCCAACCGGUCAUGGCCCACAAUCGUGUUGGAUCAAAAACCGAUUUUAUCUUGCCACCCGGUCAUCGAGAAGAUCCCCGACCUCCAAGCAGCGGGAAGGUUCCAUCUUUUCGAGGUCACUCGCGACAAGCCUCCAGAUCGGAAUCAAUUUACACAAUUCGACGUAGUGAAGCGCCUCCUUGGUGGAGAAGAAUUUGGGUAUAUUGUUUUGGUUCACCUCCAGAGGAACCAAGACUUAGGACAAUUGUACCAAAUCAUUUGGUAUCACCAAAAACUCCACCAAGUCGCCAUCCAAAUGGUGCUAGAAUCGAUAACAGGGUACGCACAACCAAGUAUACGACUUUGAGCUUCCUGCCACGUAAUUUGUUGGAGCAAUUUCAUCGUGUGGCAAAUCUAUAUUUCAUAUUUAUUGUAAUGUUAAAUUGGGUACCGGAAAUCAAUGCGUUUGGAAAGGAGAUUGCCAUGUUUCCGGUUCUCUUUGUUCUUGGUGUCACAGCUGUGAAGGAUUUUUUUGAAGACAGAAGAAGACUCGCAAGUGAUAAACGAGUCAAUAAUUCCACCUGUCGAGUAUACGUGAGCGAUGGCGAUAGGUAUUUGAAGGUGCCAUGGAAAGACGUCAAGGUCGGCGACCUGGUUCACUUGUCGAAUAACGAAUUGGUUCCGGCUGAUCUCUUACUCCUGAGAAGCAGUGAUCCUCAGGGAUUCGCUUAUCUCGACACCUGCAAUUUGGAUGGAGAAACCAAUUUGAAGCAACGCCAAGUGGUGAGAGGUUUCUUGGACCUUCAAGACUCUUUCCAACCCUCGAAAUUCCAUUCGGUUAUCGAAGUCGAUAAACCAAGUACGAAAAUUUAUAGAUUUCAUGGAGCAGUAGUUCAUCCUAAAGGUGCCAGAGUGCCUGUUUCGACGGAAAAUCUUUUACUCAGGGAGUGUGUUUUAAAAAAUACAGAUUUCGUCGAGGGAAUUGUAGUAUAUGCUGGUCAUGAGACUAAAGCGAUGCUCAACAAUGGGGGGCCUAGGUAUAAGCGUUCUCGUUUGGAACGACAAAUGAAUUUAGAUAUAAUUUGGUGCGUUGUUAUUCUGGUUGUUUUGUGUGUGGUUGGUGCAGUUGGAUGUAGAUUAUGGCUUACUGCCUACACGAACGUUGGACCUGUUCCUUUUUUGCCAAUUAUUCAAGAUCCCACUUACGAGGGAAUGCUCACGUUUUGGACGUUUAUCAUCAUUCUCCAAGUGAUGAUACCCCUGAGUCUCUACGUAACACUCGAGAUGGCUAAGGUCGGACAAGUUUAUCAUAUUGGUCAAGAUCCUUUUCUUUAUGAUUCAGAAUCUGGUCGAAAAGCCGAAUGUCGAGCUUUAAACAUCACUGAAGAUCUUGGACAGGUUCAAUAUGUAUUUUCGGAUAAAACUGGAACACUGACUGAGAAUAAAAUGUUGUUUAGAAGAUGUGCUGUAGGCGGUCAGGAUUAUGCUCACACUGGCGAUGGUGAGAAUCCGAUGCCGUGCACAAGAUUAAAGGAAGAUUUACUCAUAGGAAAUUGUAAGCAUCGCCUUCAGGAGUUUUUGGUUCUAAUGGCAGUUUGCAACACGGUUGUUGUAAAUAGUCAUCCUCAUCGUGACAUCAUGAACUCGAGUGGUGUUAUCGAAGAACCUCAAAAGAACGGAGGUAGUGCUAGAUACAUGAGACUUAAUGAGUCAAGAAGUACAACGCCAGUUCCAAUUCCACAAUCAACGGAAGAAUCAUCAUCUUCAUUAACGACAAAUUCUUCUUCCGCAAUUCUUUUAACACCACCAAAUCAUGGAAUUCCCCUGUCAACAAUUUCGUCAUCGACUGAAAUGCCAUCGAAUAGUUCAUCAACAUUUCGUAGUCGUGUUCUUAGGCCGCGAUUAUUAAAUAUAAGAUCGAUUCCAAAUUUAGGAAUGGAUCUUGUGAGAAAACUCUCGCCAAUGGGUUUGAGAAAUAAUCAAUCGACUGCUGAUGAUGGAGCAAAAUCAGCUACGGAACCACCACAAAUUUAUGAAGCCGAGAGUCCAGAUGAAUUGGCUCUUGUGCGUGCCGCUCGUGCCUAUAAUGUCAAAUUGAUAAAAAGAACUCCUCGUAGUGCAGUUGUCUCUUUGCCUGAUAAUUCUACUCUUGCUUUUGAAGUUUUGCAUGUUUUGCCAUUUGACUCGAGUAGAAAAUGCAUGUCGAUUGUGGUACGACAUCCGAUUACAGGUGAAAUAGUGCUUUAUAGUAAGGGCGCGGAUUCGACAGUAUUGCCAUCGUUGUCAUCAACUGACGAGGAUACGAGUUCGAUGACAAAAAUUCGUCAACAGCUGAAUUCGUAUGCCCGACAAGGUUUAAGGACUCUUGUCAUGGCGAGAAGAACUCUUGGCGCUCAGGAAUUCGAGACCUGGCGACAAAGACACCAAGAAGCUGAACUUUCAACUGAAAAUCGCGAUCGUCGUGUUCGUGAUUCAUAUUCUUUACUCGAAUCACAUUUAACACUUCUCGGUGUAACUGGCAUUGAGGACAAACUCCAGGCCGGAGUUCCUGAAACAAUGGAGGCUCUCGUCUCUGCUGGAAUUGUCGUAUGGGUUUUAACUGGUGACAAGCCGGAGACGGCAGUGAAUAUCGCUUAUUCGGCGUGUUUAUUUACGCCGGCAAUGCAAUUGUUGAGGCUCCAAGCGAGAUCGAAAUCCGUCGCUGAGAGUUUGAUUCACAGUCAUUUGGAAGCGAUUCAACGUGAAAAUGCUGCAAACGAUGGAAUACAGAGACAAAUGACUGAUUUUCAUGGCACCGGAGAAGUAGUUUCACAUGAUCUCGAUUCAGCUGAUAGGGUCGCUUAUAGAAUUGGUAGCUCAUGGAAACGACAACGAGCUCUUGUUGUCGAUGGGAAAACAUUGACGUUUAUUCUUGAUCCACAAACUGGACUAACAACACCGUUUCUUAAUUUAACAAGAGCUUGUUCCAGUGUUCUUGCAUGUCGUGCCACUCCAUUACAAAAAGCCUACAUCGUUCGAGUUGUAAAAGAACAACUUGGAAUGCGAACCCUUGCUAUUGGCGAUGGAGCAAAUGAUGUGAGCAUGAUUCAAACGGCUGAUGUUGGAGUCGGUGUUUCUGGCCGUGAAGGAAGGCAGGCAAUAAUGGCGGCUGAUUUUGCAAUUGCAAAAUUUUCCAUGUUAUCGAGACUUCUAUUAAUGCACGGACAUUGGUCUUAUGAUCGACUCUCGCGAAUGAUUCUUUACUUUUUCUACAAAAAUGCGACUUUUGUCUUCCUACUUUUUUGGUUUCAGCUGUAUUGUGGAUUUUCCGGGGCUGUGAUGAUUGAUCAAAUAUAUUUGAUGCUGUUUAAUUUAUUAUUCACUUCAUUGUCGCCGCUAGCUUUGGGUGUUUACGAUAGAAUUGCACCAGGAAGAGUUCUUUUAGAAAAUCCGGAACUUUAUAAAAGAGGACGAUUGGCUCUCGUUUAUCAGACGCAUUCAUUUUGGCUGACAAUGGCUGAUGCUCUUUAUCAAAGCAUCGUCAUUUUCUUUUUAACCGAGGCUGCUUAUUAUGACACUGAUGUGGAUAUAUGGGAAUUUGGAACAACAAUUACUACCUCCUGUUUAAUAUCGAUGUUAAUUAAUGUCAGCAUUGAAACCAGAUCGUGGACUCUAAUGCACGUUGGAGCAAUUCUCGUAUCUUUGGGAACAUUCUUUGGAUUUUGUAUCCUCUACAAUGCAACUUGUGUUAAUUGUAUGGGAUUACCGGGUUCAUAUUGGGUAAUGCAGAUAGCAAUAGCGAGACAUAAUUACUGGCUAACAGUUCUUUUAUCUUCAGUUCUCGCCAUGUUGCCUAGACUGACGUACAGGGCUGUACGAACGACAGUUGCACCUGACAUAAUUCAGCGAACAAUUCGUAAUCAAGCUCGAGAAAGAAUUAAAAGACGAAAUGAUUCAAAUUUAGUUGCUGGAACUCAACACGCAACUAUCAGUGCUUGAUUACAGAUCUGGAACAUCCAGGAAUGAUGUUUUAACAAUGAUUGUUGCCUGACGGCAAAAAAUAGGGAAUUUUUUAAAUUCCUAAAUUAACGGGAAUGUAUAAAAUAGAAAAAAAGGAAUUUUUAAAUAAAAAAGAAAAAGUAUGGGAGAAAAAAUAAUACAAGAUUUACGUGCCGAAUUCUAUUUUAAAGACUACUGAGUGAUCCUGUAAUGUUAUAUUUAUUAUAUAAUAAUCACCAAUUAUUGUGUGAUACUGUUUCAUCAUUGUCAGUGCUGUCACUAUUGUUUUAUUCAAGUGGCCUUUGCAUUUUAUUGGCUGUGACUUUUAGGGACCAAGUUUCUUUUUAAUGAAAGAAACUGUUCAACGAGAAAUAGAAUUUUUAUUUCAAAUAUUUGAAACGAGUGUGCAAAAAAUAAUUAAAUAAAUGGACAUUAUUGUUUCAUAAAUAAAUAAAUAUUGUCUAUAAAUUUAAUACAAAAUGAAAAUAGUAGGUAAUAAUUUUACAUAAUGAACGUGUUUUUUGAAUUCAGUAAUUAAUGACAAUUGCUGAAGUAUUAUUAUAUCAUGAUAUAUAUUAUUUUAAUUUUACAGACUUAAAUAGAUUUUUACAAAUUAUGAUGUAGAAGUAUUAACGAGAUAUGAUAUUUUGAUAAAGUAGAAAAUAGUUAGAAUUAUUAUGACGUAAUUCAGAGAAUAGAUGGAGAUUAAAACAACAAAAAAAUGAAUUAUUAUUAACAGAAAUAUUUAUUUGCUUGACAUUAUUUUUUUUCUGUAUAUUAUUUUGUGCUACGAUACUUUCUGAUGUAUAUUUUUCAGUGCCAUUCACAAUUUUCUGUAUGUUAUUUUAUGCAAUUUUAUAAAUCUUAUAAGAUUUAUCGAAACGAAUAAAUGGCUUUAUUUUAUUCAUUUA